AUGGAACUUACCAACUUUACAGAGGCCAGUAACGCCACCGCAGCAGACGACUGGUCGGUUGCAAUGAAAAAUGGUCUGGACAGGUCCAUCACGCCAGUUCUCUAUGUGGUGGGUUUCCCCGGAAAUAUCAUCUCAUUCACAAUAUGGCUGCAAAAGAGGAUGCGACAUUCCUCGGGAUAUUACCUUGCUGCUCUGGCACUUGAUGAUCUCAUUUUUCUAGUCUUACAUCUGGUGUACGAGCUGCACACGGCCUGGCAUGUGACGCUCCUAGAUUACCCAUUCGUAUGCGAGGCAUACACCAUUAUAUUCUUAGCUACACAGUUUCUGUCACCGUUUCUCGUACUGGCGUUCACCACAGAAAGAUAUAUCUCAAUAUGCCACCCGUUCAAGAGAGAGACCUUCUGCACUAUAAGGAGAGCCAAGAUUGUCAUUAUAUGCCUGUGCAUCUCUAUGCCUUUUCUUACAGCCAUCAAUGGUUACUUCUGGUACCUCACUGAUACGAAGGGCUGCACUACAAGACCAGAAGUGACGCAAGGUGAAUCGAGAUCACUCUACAACAUCUACAGCACGACCGUUGAUAUGCUUGCGUUUGUUAUCGUCCCUGUGGCUGUUCUAGUUCUCAACAUUUUGGUCAUCAGGGAAAUGAGACGGUUAUCUAGAGUAGAGCAAACUCAGUUACACGGAUCCUCACAGAGAACGGGAUCGACGACAGUCAUGCUUCUUGCAGUCUCCUUUUAUCAAAUUAUAACUACACUACCCGUUACCAUUGCUUAUGCAGUCUACCUUGAGUUCAGCUGCGAAGGGCCACUGCCUGAAUGCUCAGAAGGAAACAAAAUCUACGCAUUAGUACUUACCGUCAUUAGAGAAUACGGCAUUACCCACUAUGCCUUUAACAUUUUUAUCUAUGUAAUCACUGGGAAAAUGUUCCGAGAAGAGCUGAAGAAACUCCUCAUGCGUCCCUGUGCCAAGCUAGCCUCUUCGUUUCCAACUCUUCCCACCGACUACGCCAGUCUGAGGACCAGUGUUCGGGGCAGUGAUAGAAGUAAGACAUGGGUGUCUGUUAACGGUAACCACAACAACGAUCGCAUACCCAAUGAGACUUUAUUGUAG